GGGACACAAAUAAACAGCCCCUGCCAAAUAAGCCCUAUUCAGCUUUUUUCGGUCAAAGAAGUUGUAACCAUGAGUGGAAGGGGCAAGGGUGGCAAAGGACUCGGAAAGGGAGGCGCCAAGCGUCACCGUAAAGUUCUCCGUGAUAACAUCCAGGGAAUCACCAAACCCGCCAUCCGCCGUCUUGCUCGCCGUGGCGGAGUGAAGCGUAUCUCUGGGCUGAUCUACGAGGAGACCCGCGGUGUGCUGAAGGUGUUCCUGGAGAACGUGAUCCGUGACGCCGUCACUUACACCGAGCACGCCAAGAGGAAGACCGUGACCGCCAUGGACGUGGUGUACGCUCUGAAGAGACAGGGCCGCACUCUGUACGGCUUCGGCGGUUAAACUCAUUCAUACCAACUAAAAAAACUAAACGGCUCUUUUAAGAGCCACACACCUCCCUUUAAGAGCUUUGGUUUUAAAUAUUGUGUUAGUUGAUUAUAUGGGUUUAUGUUCUUUUGGUCUGGACAUAUACGCUGACAUAUAUUUUGUAGUGGAAGGAUUUGUUACGAUAAUGCAUGACUCUUUAAAUAAGAGCUCUUGUUUUAAUUGGUGUCCAGGACUCUAAUAUGAAAUCUGAGUAGUUGAAUAAGUUAGCUGCACUACUCUUUAAUAGUGUCAGACUCUGGAGCUUAUUCCUAAUGUGGGUGUGGGGCAGUGUUCGUCCUGGACAGGUUUUCCAUUUCAGGAGUGACGUGGUCUCAAUUUUAUUUUCCACAACACUGGCCUGGAGUGGAACAAAUUUGGCAAAGCGAAGUAGUAACAGUGAUGUGUUCACAUUAACAGACAUGACUGAAUACACAAGUAAAUAUUACAUAGUUAUUCCGGUGAUUGCUCUAUUGUCAAAUACAGGAUUUACAUUUGUGUUGAAUUAUGUAAUGCAUGUUUA